AGGGGUAGAAAUGGUAGAGUCCGGAGAUGGCCGCCACCAUGAAGAGAACGGCAGUAGAAGAUGUUAAUGUUACAUUUGAAGACCAACAGAAGAUUAACAAAUUUGCAAGAAAUAAUAACAAGCUCAUAGAACUUAGGGAAGAAAUAGAACUGAAAAAGAAACAGUUACAGAAUCUAGAAGAUGCUUCGGAUGAUAUCAUGAUGCUUGAUGAAGAUGCUGUGUUGGUGCCUUAUCAAAUUGGAGAAGUAUUUAUUAGCCACUCCCAGGAUGAAACACAGGAAAUGCUGGAAGCUGCAAAGCAAAGUCUUCAAGAUGAGAUCCAGACUUUGCAGUCUCGUGUGGAAGCCAUUCAGCAGGUGUUAUCUGAUCUUAAAGUUCAGCUGUAUGCAAAAUUCGGAAACAACAUUAACCUUGAAGCAGAUGACAACUGAGCUCCUUACUAUCACAAGUCACGUCUCAUUCAGUUGAAUGAUUAACUUUUCGGAUGGUCAGCUGUGGCAGUUUGUUUUAGGAAAUGCCAAUUUAAGAAAAAAAAGUUAUCAUUUUGUUAAUUAUUAUGGAACAAUCUUUUAACAUUUUUGAUCUACGGCUCCAUUUACUUGAUGGAAAAUCUUUUUAUACUUGCUUGCACUUGUUAUUUAUUUGUUACAGUGAUUUCACACUUUAAUUUUUUAAAUGUUUGUAAAACAUUUAGAUCCGAAAUCCUGUAUUACAAACAAAAACACAGAAGAUUUAUCCUUCACAUUCAAAUUCAAGUUUAUUAUUUUGAAUGCAUUAUCAUAUGCUGACAGAGUCUUAUCCUGGUCCACCUGCACAAUCCCCAUUCUCAAUAAAAAUACUAACUUAUCACAAUGCAAAUGCCAGUGUGUUUUGAAUAUAACUGAACUCUUUGGUUUAUUAUAAUAUCAAUGUUAAAUGUAUACUCUUAAAAAAUAUAUAUAUUUAUGAUAUACUGAGGGGAAAAAAUAAGUUUUAAUCUUGAGCAUUACUGUUCAUUCUGACAUAGCCAAUUAAAUACUCUGAAGGAGCAGUUGUGCAAGUAUUAAAUUUAAAGUAUAGUUUACUUGCCUUUUAUUUUACUUUGUGAAUAGAGAAUUAUAUACAUCUGAUACUUGAUCUAUUAAUAAUCAAACUGUCAUAAAUAACUGGAAGUAUUUACACACUGUAUUGGCAGAAUUGUAUCCUAUGGUUUUAAAGGGAAAAUGCCACGUGAAUAUGGAAUUGACAGGAAGGGUGAAAAGGUCCCAGCAGUGUUAACAGUAGUAUAUGAAAAAAAACCACAUAUGAGCAAAAUUAAUGGGUGAUUUAAAUGAAAUGCGUUUAAAGAACAUUGUCUUGUUAAAAGAUGCAAUGCCUUUUGUCUCAAAUGUUCCCUUUGGCUCAACUUUCUGUGCUUUAUAUGUAGAAAUUUCUCAUUAACCCCUGCUUUGCAUUCUUCACUUUAUUACAGACAACUUAAAAUUGAAUACCUACACAACUCACUUCCCAACUGUGUCGAAUUAAUCCUUCUCUAUUUUCCUUCUAAGUUUUUCCUCUGAAUUUCUUUCACUUGAUACUCAAGCACGAUUUCCUUUCAGCAUUCUGUGUAUCAGCAGAAAAGGAGCGAGAUUUUUGAGAGCAAAACUUGCCUUCCAGAGUAGUACAUUGUUAAUGUGUGAACUGAGAGUCAGGUUUGAUAUAACAGGAUGCCAAUUUGCCAUAGUUCCAUUUUUAAGCUGGUAAUGAUUGGAUUUUUUGUAAAUCCCAAGCAAGUGAGAAAAUAGUUUCACUCAUGAUUUGUAGGUUCACUGACACUAUACGGCUAUUGGCAAUUCUUAUUCAUUGGAGCAAUAUACUUUGUAAAUAAUUAAUCUCGGUAUGUGAACAUUGCACUUCAUUAUAUUUUUCUAGAUUGACUUUUUAUCAGAGAAGUCCACAAUACACCACAAUGAAUUUAAAAUGUCUAAUUUUUAUUCAGUGUGAUAUAUUGUGGAUAUCUCAAAUGACCCUAUUAUGUGGAGAAAUGUAAACAGUAGGUCAUUCAGCCUUUCCAAUUCAUUAACUUGUUCCUUCUUUCACCCAAUAGCACUUAAUCUCUUUAGCCUUUAGAAUUCUAUCUACAUUGAAUGUUGGAAAAUCCACAGAUUCAGCAAUCUCUGAAUGAAUGAAGAACAUUUUCUUCAUCUCAAUCCUAAAUGAGAUUGAGGAUCUUUCCCUUUAGCCUCACCCCAGACACCCAUGUCACCCCCUUUGCCUACCUGGCUGUCCUUUUGAUAAAAUGUGUAUCCUUGGACGUUAAGCUCACAGCUAUAAUCUUCUUUCAGCCACGAUUCAUUCAGUGAUGCUCACAAUGUCAUACCUGCCAACCUGUAACUGUGCUACAAGUUCAUCUUCCUUAUUCUGUAUACUGUGUGCAUUUAAAUAUAACACCUUCAGUCCUGUGUUCACCCUUUUUCAUUUUAGCACCUUUAACAUUACAACUCAUUUUCUUGUCUGCAAUUUUGCAUUAUCAUUAGCCUUUCCUUGCUAGCGGUCUUACUACACACUGCCUCUGUAAACCAACUAUCUCAUCCUCAGCACUUUCAGUCCGGUUCCAUUUCCCCAUACAAAUUUGUUUAAACCCUCCCGAACAGCUUUGGCAGACCUGCCCUCAAGGAUAUUGAUUUCCUUCCGGUUCAAGUGUAAUCCGUCCCUUUGGUACAGGUCAUACCUUCUCCAAUGAUCCAGAAAUUGGAACCCCUGGCUCCUAUACCAAUUCCUCAGCCAAAUAUUCAUCUGCCAAAUCAGCCUACUUUCAACCUCAGUAGUGUGUGGCACAGGCAGCAAUCCAGAGAUUACUACUCUGGCGGUCCUGUUUUUCAGCUUUUUACCAAGCUCCCUAAA